CAUGGUGACCAGGCCCAGGCCGCAAGCCUGACGCUUGGAGGGGGAAAGGCGGGAAAGGGCUUCCGCUUCCGGGGCGUCUCGGUCUCGGCUCAGGCGAAAGAGGUCUGCAGCGAAGGGACUCUGCCUGGCCCCUACCAGCAACCUCAGCUCCUUGGUGUGGAAACAAGCACUGCCAACAUGGCGAAUCACAUGAAAUUCAUUGCUCGGACGGUGAUGGUGCCUGAUGGGAACGUGGAGGCUGCCUAUAGAGUGCUCAACAGAAUCUUAGCUAUGGAUGGGAUCAUUGCUGAAACCCAGCGACGCCGGUAUUAUGAGAAGCCGUGCCGUAGGAGGCAGCGGGAAACCUAUGAAAUCUGCCGUAGGGUUUAUAACACGGAAAUGGCCCGGAAGAUCAACUUCCUCAUGCGGAAGAAUCGCCCAGACCCUUGGCUCGGUUGCUAAGCUGGAAGGUGUCUUGUGCGAAACCAAAAUAUCUUUUGAUGGUUUGGGGAACACAGCUGAGGAUUUCAAGCCCUGCCUGCUUCCAGACUUCUUGUUUGGAUUAGGACAGUUGCAGACACAAAUAAAACAUUAACCUUGUUCUAUCAAAAACAA